AUGUCUGAGACCGCUCCGGCGGCCGCUGCUGACACUGCUCUGGUUUCUAUGGAGAAUCCUCCAGCUAAGAAGAGAGGGAGGAAGCCGGUGGGCCUGUCAGGCGCUAGUCGCAAGGCCCCGAGCCUGUCCGUGUCCAAGCUGAUCACGGAGGCUCUCUCCGUGUCCCAGGAGCGCAGCGGCGUGUCCCUGGCCGCGCUCAAGAAGGCGCUCGCGGCCGCCGGCUACGACGUGGAGAAGAACAACAGCCGCAUCAAGCUGGGCCUCAAGAGCCUGGUGAGCAAAGGCACCCUGGUGCAGACCAAGGGCACCGGCGCCUCGGGCUCCUUCAAGCUCAACAAGAAGGCUCUUCCUGAGACCACCAAGAGCAAGGUCAAAAGACCUUCUUCUGCAAAGGCGAAGAAGCUGGUCUUAUCCAGGGAUUCGAAGUCCCCGAAAGGUGCCAAGACCAACAAAGCCAAGAAGCCCAGAGCGACGGCAGCGCAGAAAGCGGCCAGGAGCGGCGGGAAGGCGAAGGGAGCCAAAAGCACGGAAGCACGGAAGAGUCCCGGGAAAGCCAGAGGAGGGAAGCCGCAGGCCGGGAAGUCCAAGCUGAGCCAGCAGAAAACGAACCCGAGGAAAGUGGCGUCCAAGAAGUAA